AUGUCAGCCAAUUCGCUAAGGACAUUACUCAGGAAGCUUGAGCCCCUCUUCACCCUACCAUUUGACUCGCCUACUUAUGCCAUUGCCAACCAUCCAUUCCUUCCUUUCAGCUACCUUUUGAAUUCAUGUCAUUCCCUCGCAGCCCUCAAACGGUUACACGCUCUUGCUUUGACAACUGGUUACCUCACCAACCUCCCAGUAUGUACCAAACUUGUAUCUUUGGCUUGUUUUUUAUCGCCCACGAUGGACUACGCCCGGAAGCUGUUCGACCAAAUGCCUCAAAGAGAUGUGUUUGCUUGGAAUACCGUAAUUCGGGGAUAUUCCAAUCUGGGUCCUUGUCAAGAAGCUAUAAUCCUGUACAAAGACAUGCAUUUACAGGGUUUUUUACCUGAUAACUAUACAUUCCCUUUUGUGCUUCGGUCUUGCUCGGUGUUAUCCGCUUUGAGAGAAGGUAGAGAAGUACAUUGUAACAUUAUUAAACAUGGAUUUGAAUCUGAUGUGUUUGUACAGAGUUGUUUGAUUACUCUGUACGCGCAGAGUGGGGAGACUUUGGAUUCAGAGUUGGUGUUUGAUCAAAUGAGAGUGAGGAAUAUAGUUUCUUGGACUGCUACGAUUGCAGGGUAUGUGCAAAAUGGAAUUCCGGAGAAGGGAUUAGGACAUUUUCUCAAAAUGGUCAAUUCGGGUACUUUGCCUAAUGCUAUUACUUUGGUGAGUGUACUUCCCGCCUGUGCACGGUUGGAGAGUUUGGAUAUGGGAAUGUUGAUUCAUGGCUAUAGUAUUAAGUUAGGAGUGGAAACAGACGUUGCACUAGUUAACGCUUUGAUUGCAUUCUAUGGGAAGUGUGGACUUGUUGACGUCGCGUGGUCUUUGUUUGAAAUGAAGGAGCAUAAUCUGGUUUCAUGGAAUACAAUAAUUGCUGUUUAUGAGCAAAAUGAUGCUGGUUCUGCUACAAUUAAGCUAUUUCAGAGAAUGCUAGAUGAAGGGGUAAAAUUUGAUUAUAUUACAUUGGUUACUGUUAUUUCGGCUUGUGCCAGAUUGGGGGCACUUGGUACUGGAAAAUGGAUUCAUGACCUUGUCAAAAGCAAAGGUUUGGAAUGCAAUAUUCCAAUCACAAAUGCACUUAUUGAUAUGUAUGCAAAAUGUGGGAGUAUAGAAUUGGCUAGAGAUGUUUUUGACAGGUUGCCUUGUAGAAGCGUGGUUUCCUGGACAUCAAUUAUAGGAGCUUGUGCUUCUCAUGGUCAUGGGAAAGAUGCUCUUGAGUUCUUUUCAAGGAUGAAAAAAGAAGGAAUCCAACCUAAUAGCCUCACCUUCACUGCUGUAUUGACAGCUUGUCGGCAUUCAGGUCUUGUAGAGGAAGGGAGGAAGCACUUUGAGAGCAUGACAACAGAAUACUCGAUAGUGCCAGGUGUGGAGCAAUGUGCUUGUAUGGUGGAUCUUCUAGGUCGAGCAGGCCAACUUUUUGAGGCUUAUGAAUUUGUAGAGAACAUGCCUAUUGAGCCUGAUGCAGAUGUUUGGGGAGCUUUGCUUGGUGCUUGCAAAAUUCAUGGCAAUCUUGAGCUGGCAGAAUCUGUAGCAGAUCGACUACUUGAUUUAAAUCCCCAGACAGUUCCUUUCUACAUACUCAUGAAAAAUAUCUAUGCUGAAGCUGGGAGGUGGGAGGAAGUAGCAAGAUUGAAGUUUUUGUUGGAAGAAAUGGAAGCGGAAAAGAUUCCUGGCAAGAGUUCAGUUGAGAUAAAUCAACGGAUACACACAUUUUUGUCUGGGUCAAGGAUUUCAAACUUCUCGACAGUUCCACUGCGUGAACAUGGUGUUCAACUGAAGCACAAGCAAGCAGCAUUUUAA